GGCUAGAAUUUGACAAGUAUGGUAUUUUGAUGCACUCAGCUGGAGUAAGUUUUUGGAAUAAUCGACCAACUUUGCGUUUAAAAGCAAUAAAGUAGAAGAUUAUUAAUAAAUAAAAAGUACAUCAUGUAUCAAUACAAUCGAUAUGGCUUAAGUAAAAUUUAAAAUAUGCAUCCAACAAUUCCUGCUAUUGAAUGUUGACAACUAUGUUGUUUACAUUAUUUGUGAGAACUAACUUGAGUUUGAUAAUUUUUUUCCCACAAAAAUAGCUUAAACAUGGAUUUCGACAGCCCUGAAGUCAUGAAAGACUUCCCUGGACUAUAUUCGUCUGAAAAAAAGAAGGGGAAUGAUAAUGAUUAUAAUGACGAAUGCGAAAAAACUACGAAAAAAGACAUGCUUAUAGGAAAACGUAAAGAAAAAAAGGACAAAAAGGAUAAGGACAAAGGUUAUGCAGCCCUUGAAGGUGAAAGCUCUGAUGAAGCUAGCACAUGCAAGUCUAAAAAGUCAAAGGCAUUUAAGUUUACUAAAUCUAAAGAUAAAGAAAAGGAAAAACACAAGGAUAAACAGGAGUCAUCUAAGAAAAACCCACCUAAGAAAAGUGAAAAGCCUCAUAAAGUUCGUAAAGGAUUUGGUCCAUCCAAACAUUAUGUAGGCGAUUGUACAGAUCUUGCAGAUGCUUUGCCAAUUUUUGGUGUAGAUAUUGAAGAAGCUUGUACUAGAGGUAGAUGUCACGAUGGAAUAUCAAUUCCACUUCCAGUUAGAGAAUGUGUAGACUAUAUAGAAGCUACAGGACUUACUUUUGAAGGUGUUUACAAAGUCAGUGGACCAAAAAACAAGGUUUCACAAAUUAGAAAAAUAUACAAUAACCGGCAAGUAGUGAGACUUAAUGAAUAUGAUGUUCCCACUGCUACAAGCUUAUUAAAAAUGUUUUUGAGAGACUUACCUGAACCCAUAUUUACAAAUGAAUUAUUAAUUAGAUUUGAAGAAGCUGGAGCAAUAUUAAAUUAUAAUACAAGGGAAAAACAUUUAAAGACUUUAAUAGAAUCUUUACCAAACUUAAAUCGUCUUCUAUUGGGCUGGCUUAUAGUACAUCUGCAUAAUGUUACCCUUAAGGAGCAUAUUAAUAAAAUGAACAGGCAGGCUUUAUCGCAAGCUCUUAACCAUACAUUUCAUAUUUCUUCAAGACUUUUACAAGCACUGAUUCUACAUCAAGAGGUUUUAUUUCCAAAUUUAGCUAUAAUCAAGUACUAUCCCCCUUUAGAAUCGGAAAGUGCUCUUCCAGACGACCCCGUUAUUAUUGAGAAAGAACUAAGCAAAUUAGAAUCACUUUUAAGCCAGAUUCACUGGGAGAUGCAAAAUGGGCAUUUCUCUAAAACUAGAGAGGAACAUUUGUGGGAAGUGCAAAGGGUCACAACAGAAUUGAAGAGGAAGUUAAAGAAGUUCGCUAAGACUGAAAAUACAAGUCAACAAACAAGUCAAGAUAUUAAACAACAGUCUGAAGAAAAGGAGGCUGAAAAGGUCCUAGAAGAGCCUGUACAAGUGCCAAAAUUAGAAGAAGCUACAACAGUUAAUGUUGAGGUAGAAGUAAAAAAUAUAGAAUUAACUUAUGAUAAGAAAAUUGAUCCUGAGUCAGUCACAGAGAGUGAAGAAACAGCAAACAGUUCAGAUGCAAUUAAAGAGCAAAGGACUGAUUCUGAAGAAGAAUAUUCAGAUUCUGAAUUGUCUUCAACUGAUAGUGAAUUGUUAGAAGAUGUUUUUUGCCAAUAUUUUGAUGAAAAAAUUGUUACUUUAAAAAUAAAGAAUACUCUACUAAAGGACCUUAUAGAAUCUCUUACAGAGAAUAUUAACCAAGAAAAGAAAGAGAUUGAAGAUCAUCAGAAAAAAAUAUCUAACUUAAUGCGCUGUUUGCCUCUGAAGCCUGCUUACAGAAGAUGUUUGAAAGAUCCAAAUAGCUUCAAUGAAGUACAGACACUUUUAGUAAGGGAAAACCAUAUGCUUCAGAUUAAAAAAUUACAUUUAGUUCGCCAAGUUAUGGAGCAAAAGGAGCAAUGCAUUGAUUUACAAGCCAAAUUGAAAUAUGCCAUGAAAGAUAAUAAAGAUCUGAAGAUAUUUUAAAGAUAUUAGUUUUCAGACGCCAUAACUAUUUAAUGAUUAUAAUAUAUUGCAUUGUGUGUAAUCUAUGUACAUUAUAAAAUACUAAAAAUAAAUUAUAUUAUUUGUU